CGCGCGACUAAAAGGCGCGGCCGGUGGCUGCCUGCCUCAGUGCAGAGCUCGGCGGCUGGUACGCGGGCAGGGAGAGAUUCGCGCGGGGCCGGGGCGCGGAGGGCAGAGCGCAGGGCGCACACACCUACACGGACGGCGGGGACCCGACGGCGGCGCCUCAGCACUCCCGACUCAGGCCCAGCGCCCAGCCCCCCCGCCCAGCCCGCCGCGCACCUCGGGGUCCCGAUGGCGCCCGAGGCCAGGGCGCCCCCGCGCGCGCGGCGCCUGCUGCCCUGGGCGGCGCUGCUGCUCCUGGCAGCGCUGCUGCCCGUCGUCUCCUCUGCGGGGGCUCCAGCUGACCACCCACUGAAGCCAAGGCACGUGAGACUGCUGUCCACUAAAAUGGGCCUGAAAGUCACGUGGGACCCGCCCAAAGAUGCCACCAGUAGGCCCGUGGAGUAUUACAACAUUGCCUACGGGAAGUCACUGAAAAGUCUUAAGUACAUCAAAGUGAACGCGGAGACACGGUCCUACCUUGUUGAGGAUGUGGAGCCGGGGGUAGUGUACUUUGUGCUGGUUACUGCAGAGAACCACAGUGGAGUGAGCCGCCCCGUUUACAGAGCUGAGAGCCUGCCCGGAGGUGAAUGGAUCAAGAUUGAUGGUUUUCCCAUUAAGGGUCCAGGACCAUUUAAUGAAACCGUCACAGAAAAGGAAGUGCCAAACAAGCCCUUGCGUGUCCGAGUCCGACCCUCAGACGACCGGCUGUCCGUGGCCUGGAAGGCGCCACGCCUGUCUGGAGCCAAGAGUCCACGCAGAUCACGGGGCUUUCUUCUGGGCUACGGGGAAAGUGGCCGGAAGAUGAACUAUGUCCCACUGACGCGAGACGAGCGCACGCACGAAAUUAAAAAGCUGGCCUCGGAGUCGGUGUACGUGGUCUCGCUGCAGUCCCUGAACUCCCGGGGGCGGAGCCAGCCGGUCUACAGGGCGGCGCUCACCAAGCGCAAGAUUUCAGAGGAGGAUGAGCUGGACGUGCCGGAGGACAUCACUGUCCGGGUUAUGUCAUCGCAGUCCGUGCUGGUAGCCUGGGUGGACCCUAUGGUGGAAAAACAGAAGAAAGCUGUCGCCUCAAGACAGUACACCGUGCGCUACCGAGAGAAGGGGGAACUGGCACGGUGGGACUACAAGCAGGUGUCCAACAGGCGCGUGCUGGUCGAGAGCCUGAUCCCAGACACCAUGUACGAGUUCGCAGUCCGCAUUUCCCAGGGGGACAGGGACGGCAAGUGGAGCACGUCCGUCUUCCAGAGAACCCCCGAGUCCGCUCCUACGACAGCUCCCGAGAACUUAAACGUCCAGCCAGUCAAUGGCAAAACCACGGCUGUCACUGUAGCCUGGGACGCACUGCCGGAGACUGAGGGCAAAGUGAAAGAAUACAUUCUUUCAUACGCCCCGGCUCUCAAACCAUUUGGAGCAAAGUCCCUCACCUAUCCUGGAGACACCACUUCUGCCCUGGUGGACGGUCUGCAGCCGGGGGAACGCUAUCUUUUCAAAAUCCGGGCGGCGAACAGGAGAGGAAUGGGGCCUCACUCCAAAGCCUUCAUUGUCGCUAUGCCAACAACCAGGACCGGCGAGUCUGAAGUUCAGCAGAAAACGGACGCUGAGGACGACUGGAAAUCCGAACGCCCCAAGCCUUCCUCCUCUUCUCCCAAAGCCCCAGCUUCCUCCAAACACAGCCACCUGCCGGCCUCUCCCCAAGGGAGAAAUGUCAAGAACCCCAUUCCCGACUUGAAGAACAAGAUACUGGCCAACGGUGGGGUGCCCAGGAAACCUCAGUCGACAGAACUCACAGAGGAGGAGGAGCUGGAUGCCCCAGGGGACCUGCCAACAUUGCCCGCGGAGACCCGGGACCAGACUCGGCAGCAGCGGCCACCAAGCCGACCUGUCCACCCGGCCCUUGCUUCUGGAAGGACUCCAGGGAGAGUUCGGGGACCGGUGCUGCCCCGAAAGGAAGGUGUGGAUAAGGCUGGCUCCUCGCCGCCCUCCCACCCUCGUUUGGGGGCCUCUUCUGCGGCCCACACAUCCGCUGAGGGCAGCCCCGGCCGCCCUGCCCACCGGCCUUCCAGCUCUGCAGACAACGACUCCCUGGACGGAGAGGAGGAAGGCCCGGCCGCAGGCUCCCCCCACUUCAAAGACGCCUCCUCGGAGCCUCUGCAGCCCAAGAGUGCGGCCCCCGCACGGCCGGCCCUGUGGCCCAGCCGCCAGGCGGCCUCCGGCGGCGCCCUGCGCGACAGAGGCCCCACACACCACGGUGCCAGGCCGGCCUUGCCAGCGCGGAGAGCCCCCCAUUCUGAGGCUGGGGAGGAAAAUUCCAGGGCUUCGGCGCCCCCCUCCAGACUUUCUCCACCCCUCGGAGGAUCGUCUCGGCUACUGCCCACCAACACACACGGGAAGGACGGACACAAUGUCCCACCUGCAAAGUCCGACAAUGCACCCGCACACCCUACCAAGUCUUCCCCGGCUUCUUCACGCCUCAGCUCACGGACACAGGUCCCUGAGAGGGUGGAUGCCUCUGACGGCGACGGUGACAAUGACGCAGAGGAAGAGGGGAGGCGGGCUGAGGUUACCACCCAGACGGUCCGGGCCCGGCCACCCGCAGGCGCCCCUGUCUCUGGUCAUUCCGGCUUGCACAGGAACAAGCCCUUUGCCGUCCACAGCAGAUACCCAAACAGGUUUGGCUACGGCCGAGGACCCCGACUACAGCCCUCCAGCUCCCCACCGUCCACCGUGUCCCCCCGAGUUCACACGAGGGGGAAUUCUCACCCAGCUUCCAACGUUAGGCACGGCUCGGGUAUCCAUGAUGAGGAGAGCGAAACAGAAGAGGAAAAGCCACUUCCUGCCACGGUGGUGAAUGACCACCUGCCUUCUUCCUCCCAGCGGCCUACCUCCCAGGGCAGGGACCACCCAAGCAGAGGUCCCCAGAGAGGGCUGAGCCUUCAGCGGAAGGGAGCCCUGGCAGAGAACCCCAAAUCCGCUGGGAGCUGGGACAAAUCUCAGCCUUCUAAGGCUCAGGAUGUGGGACAGAGCACAGAUUCGAGUGAGGAGAGGGAGGCUCCCAGAACACAGCCGUCCCCUGCUCGGCCGCCCUCGGCGCGGCCACAGCACCGCCCGGGCUCUAGCGCGCCCCGAAGGAAGCACACGUUCCCCCAGGCUGGGCGUCCCCACCCUGUGUCCCAGGAAAGCACUUCCUCAGACCCUUAUGCGUACCCGUCCAGAAGCAGUCAGCCGUCCCUCCCGGCGAGCCCCCAGGGGGUGCCUCCUUCAUCCCCCCUGAAUCAGAACGAGGAUUCCGAGAGCAGAUACGGUGGGAACCAUGAGGACAGCACAGAAGCAGAGACCCCAGGAGUGCGGGCGGCCGCCCAUUCGGCCGGGGCCAAGGACGCCACCCCCACCAUUCCCAAGCACCGCCAGGUGGAGGCUCCGGCGGGAAGCACGAGGGACAGCCACCUCCGCAGACCCCCAGGCUCCUUCCUGAGGCUCGGAAGGCCCUAUGCCAACGCCCGCCCCCGGGCCCCUGGCCGGGCAGGGCCCCAGGCGGUGGGCAAGAAGGAUGGGGUGGCCCAGGCCACGCCAUCCAAGAAGGAGCCCCUGAUGGCUAAGUCUCCGCAGUCUGUCUCGGCCGAGGACGAGGAGGAUGAGGACAUGGGGUUUUUCAAUGGAGGAAAGGAUGAGGACCCGCUGCUUUCCUCUGUCUCAAAGUGGCCCUCCUCCUCGGGCCCUGGGGACAGCAAAUAUGCAGAUGGGAACAGCGCUGAGACAGAGUCUGCCCUUGUGCCCACGUCCCCCAGGGGGAGCUCCCCCGAGGAUGAGAACCCCACUCUGGUGCAGCACCCCCCUCCUCCAGGCAGCUCCCCAAGAGCCUCGCACCUCCCCCCCAGACUCCCUGCCCGCAGCUCCGGCAUCCCCAGAGCCCCCACAGGCACCCCUGCCAGGCCGAGGUACACCACCCGCGCCCCUCCGGCCUACACCUCCACCACCCCCAUGCUGUCCCUGCGACAACGCAUGAUGAACUCCAGGUUCCGGAACCCCUUCUCGCGCCAGCCCGGGAGGCCCACUUUCAGACAAGGUUCUAACGGCAGGCCGAGCGUGGAAGGGCAGGUGCUGCCUGACGGUCACGGGAAGCCGAGCGGGCAAAGAGUGAUCAAUGGCCCUCAAGGAACCAAGUGGGUCGUGGAUCUGGACCGUGGGUUAGUGCUGAAUGCGGAAGGGAGGCACCUGCAGGACUCUCACGGCAACCCUCUGCGGGUUAAACUGGGAGGGGACGGCCGGACCAUCGUGGAUCUGGGAGGGACCCCCGUGGUGAGCCCCGACGGGCUCCCCCUCUUUGGGCAGGGGCGCUACGGCAAACCCCUGGCCAGUGCCCAGGACAAGCCCAUUUUGAGUCUUGGAGGGAAGCCCCUGGUGGGCUUGGAGGUCAUCAAAACAACCACUCGUGCCCCCACCACCACCGUGAGACCCACCACCACCCCUCGGCCCACCACGACAACCCCGAGGCCCAGAACCACCACCCGCCAGACCACCACCACCAUGCGCCCGGUAACUACCGUCCGAACCACUACGCAGACCACCACCACCGCCACCACCACUACCCUCGAGCCCACCACCCCCACCCCCACCUGUCCCCCGGGGACCGUGGAGCGGCAUGAUGAAGAUGGCAACCUGCUAAUGGGCUCCAGGGGGGCCCCGGCAUGCUACCCUGAAGAAGAUGACUUCUCAGGACUGGAGACCGACACGGCAGCACCCACGGAGGAGCCCUACAUGGUCUACGAUGAAGAUUACGCCCUCGAGACCUCCAGGUCCCCAGCCACCACCAUGCCCGCCACCCCUGCGGCUGUGGCACCGAACCUGGGAGUCAUCCUGCCCGAAGGCACCAUCGGUUCUUUUCCUGAAGAGGAAUUCGACCUGGCUGGAAAGAAGCGAUUUGUUGCCCCGUACGUGACGUACCUCAGCAAGGACCCAGCAGCCCCCUGCUCCCUGACCGACGCGCUGGAUCACUUCCAAGUGGAGAGCCUGGAUGAAAUCAUCCCAAGCGACAUGAGGAAGAGUGACCGGCCCCCGCAGCACGCCCCCCGCAAUAUCACCAUUGUCGCUAUGGAGGGCUGCCACUCCUUUGUCAUCGUGGACUGGGACAAAGCCACCCCGGGAGACGUGGUGACAGGUUACUUGGUGUACAGCGCGUCCUACGAGGACUUCAUCCGGAACAAGUGGUCCACUCAGGCUUCCUCCGUGACUCAUCUGCCCAUCGAGAACCUGAAGCCAAACACAAGGUACUACUUUAAAGUCCAAGCCAAAAACCCACAUGGGUACGGACCCGUCAGCCCUUCCGUCUCGUUCGUUACGGAGUCAGACAAUCCUCUGCUUGUUGUGAGGCCGCCGGGUGGUGAGCCCAUCUGGAUCCCAUUUGCUUUUAAACACGACCCCGACUACACGGACUGCCACGGCCGGCAGUACGUGAAGCGGACUUGGUAUAAAAAGUUUGUGGGGGUCGUUCUUUGUAACUCUCUGCGGUACAAGAUCUACCUCAGUGACAACUUGAAAGACACAUUCUACAGCAUUGGGGACAGCUGGGGGAGAGGUGAGGACCACUGCCAGUUUGUGGAUUCACACCUGGACGGAAGAACAGGGCCUCAGUCCUACAUAGAAGCCCUCCCUCCCAUUCAAGGCUACCAUCGCCAGUACCGCCAGGAGCCCGUCAGCUUCGGCAAAAUUGGCUUUGGGACCCCCUAUUACUACGUGGGCUGGUACGAGUGUGGGGUCUCCAUCCCGGGGAAGUGGUAACCACAGGCCGAGCACCCUGGAAGCUCGCCCUGCCCCACCCCCUCGAUGAACCUGAACUAGGGGCCGUGAACGAGAGAAGGAAGACGGUGACCCAGGCCCCUCUGCCCCGGUGUCAACAGGCCAUGAGAUGGACACUGGAUAUUUGGGGCAUCUUCGGUCUGGACCUCAGCCCCACUUCCCGGCCUGGACCACACACAGGGUUCGACGUUGCUGUUCACUUUGUGUCUCCACACGUUGUGCUUGUGAUAGCACCUCUCAGAGACGGCUGAACCCCGGGGCCACAGGGGAGGCCCGCCGAGUCAGGGCAUUCCACACUCCUUAGGCACAACGUUCAGACCCCUCGCAGCUCCUGGGGACAGCUGAAGCUGGCCUCAUGGAGUGCUACACGCUUUCUCUUUUCUCACUGGACUCCGCCCAGCCUAGCUCACUGUAAGCUUCGGGUGUCUUUCUACGCAGCAGAACUGAAUGACUAAGAUCACCACCAAGAGAAAUAUAUCCUACUUAAGGUUUAUCCCAGGGACUUACCCACUGCUAGACCAAAUGUAUCAACUCUUCUUUGUAAAUUCUCAUUUUGAUAUAUAUAUAUAUGUAUAUAUGCAUAUACAUAUCCACACUUCUCUGCAAGAACGUUGAUUAAAGUCACUAAAUUUGUACCUGUUCA